CGCCGCGCGCUGGCCGGGCCACCCUCGGCCACCGCGCGCCCCUCGCAGCCCGCACCAUGCUCCGCGCCCGCCUGCUCGCGCUGCUGCCUCUGCUGCUCCUCGUGGGCUUCCCCGCCGCUGCCGGCGAGUCGAUCCGAGAGACCGAAGUCAUCAAUCCGAAAGAUCUAGAAGAACAAUACUAUUCUGGAGAUCUCCCGGAUGAUGAGGACGUGGGGCUGCCCGGGCAGGGAUCGGACGACUUUGAACUGUCUGGCUCUGGAGAUCUGGAUGACUCAGAGGACCCCCAUUACAUCCCGGAAAUACUCCACCCGUUGGUGCCACUAGAUAACCACAUUCCUGAGAGGACGGACCCCGGGAACCGGGCUCCCACUGAGCACGAUCUGCUGGAGGAGAACGAGGUCAUCCCCAAGAGGAUGGCGCCCUUCGACAAUGACGACGAUGUGUCCAACAGGGUGUCCAUGUCCAGCACAGUCCAGGGCAGCAGCAUCUUUGAAAGGACAGAGGUCCUGGCAGCUCUCAUUGUGGGUGGCGUCGUGGGCACGCUCUUUGCCGUGUUCCUGGUGCUGCUGCUGGUCUACCGCAUGAAGAAGAAGGACGAGGGCAGCUACGACCUGGGCAAGAAGCCCAUCUACAAAAAAGCACCCACCCAUGAGUUCUACGCCUGAAGCUCCCAGGACCAGCAGCUCGGACUUCCGGGGGGGAGGGAAGUAGAGGAUUUUGCAGGGUGGAAUGAGGGGUGGGAGAGGGCAUCCCAGGACUGACCUGUGGGCACCUCCAGCCCCGGCCCGGUGCCUCGGUCAGAAGAGAGAACUUCUGUCUUGCCUGCCUCUGUCUUCCUUCUCUGGGCCUCGAUUUUCCUGGCAGAAAAAUGGGGGGGAACCUGGGCCUCGCUGGAGCCUGGGGAGGGAGCAUUUCUUAACCUUCUAGCUGAGAUGGCAGCUCAGUGGGAGCCAGCCUCACCCAGGACCCCCUGGGCUGUUGUGUGCCUACUGCUGGAGGGAGGGGGGCCCCACCCACCCCCCAUCCCCUGACCUUUCUCAGACCCUCUAGAAACAGGCGGGAAAGGAAGUGAUCGUCUGUGAUCGCACAGGUGCCUGCAAACAUGGAGAGUCUCUGAGGCCUUCUGGGUCCUUCUGGACCCUUCCAGAUCAGACUUUUUUCUGGUAGGGAGAGGGCAGGCAGGAAGGCAGGGGCAGGGGGAGGGGCUGCAAGUUCGUGCUAGAAUGGAUUCGUGGCCUCUUUGUAAAUCUCUUUUUAACGGGGUAUUUUUUGUAAUGGAAUCAUUCCUUCAGGGUGAGAGCACGUGCCCGCCCCGUCUCUUGCCCCUUUCUGUGGAGCUUGCUCUGUUUGUAUUUAAUGGUGUUUUCUGGUUUUGUUUCUUGAGAAAUGAGAAGAGAGCCGGAGAGAUGAUUUUUAUUAAUUUUUUUAAAAAACUAUUUAUAGCUUCAGACAGGGUUGCUCAUUCCCUCUUUUUGCUUUGAAUUUUCUCCCCCCCCCUUUUUUUUGGUUUGUUUGUUUUUUACACUUCACACCCUCCUGCCCUUGACCUUGGCCCUUCCAGAAGCUGCUUCCUCUGAAAAAUAGCUUUGGCUGAAACCUAGUUUUCUAGCAGAUUCUCCAAAUGUCAUGUAGAGGAUGGUGAGCUAGUGGGAUAUCCAUGUCUCUUUUAAUAUAUUAUUAUUCUUCCUUGGUUCUAGGCAAAUAGAUCAAUAUAUAUAUAUAUUUUUUUUUUUUCCUUCGAGAAAUAGUGUGGUAUAUCCCCAGCUGGAAGGUGGCUGGAGUGUUGAGCGAGUGAAAUUUUGCAUGGUUGAGUGGACGCCGACCUUUUUUGUCUUGCCCUGUUCCUGGUGUCUGGUCCCCACUGGCUCUGAGCGCCUGGGGAAGUCCCAUCUUCCUUCUCCCUGGCCUUGCUUUGAGCCCAGUGAAGCCCUCCCACUGGCUUUCUCCAGGUUUCGGGAGGAAGUGGCUGAGCCAUGCCAUCCAACACAUAACCACUAGGCUCGUGACUCUCCAAACCGAUUAAAAGGGCAUCCCUUAAAGCAAUGCAUUUCUCUGUUCACUAACCCCUGCCUGCCUAGUGAUGACCUCGAGGGCCAGUGACCUUUGCCAUCCCGUGGCCUGCACUGUUUGGAACAAAACUGGUUAGUCAAGUCCCACCUCCAGCCUGGUGACCUUUGUCUUCCAGGGCAAAGGUGGAGGGUGUGUGCAGGGUGAGAGUGGGGGACACGGGGCGGGGGGUGGGGUGGCCCAUCAGGUCCCAGCACUGAGCCUGUUAUCUCUCACCUCCCUCUCCAGAGGGGAGAGGCCUGACAUGCCUUCUUCCCCGCUGGCUGGUGGGGUGGGGGUGCGGGAUCACCCUUCACCACCUCGCCCUGGGGGCCCAGCAGGCUGGGUCCUGUGCCUGCGUCCUUAACUCCGGCUGUGUCGGCAGUGAAAGCUUUUUCUGUAGUAGCCACCUCACGCUCUUGUCUGUUACUGAUUUUUGAUAAAAAGAUAAUAAACCGGUACUUUCUAGAUCACUGC